UAUAGCUGAUAUGCGGAGCUAAGCUUUUACCAAGCAAUAUAACAUUGCAGAGUAUCUUAGUACUUAAAUUUGACUUCAGUGAUAAAUGUGUAUGUUUCAACAAGACAUCAUGUAUCUGUGUUAUGUAGACUCUAAACUGAUGACAGCAAUAACUGAACAGCCGGGAAAAAGGGCGGGUACACUAAAAGAGCAGCUAGAUUCAAUGACUCCAGCACUCCAAGAGAUGCGCUUGAGGAAAGAAGAGAGGUUAAACCAAUUCAGAGCUGUGCAAGCCUGCAAGGGCAAAUCAACAAUUUCUGCAGAAAUCGUAGAUAACUCAGACAAUGCACACUCCAUUAUUGUAGUAAUAGAUGAGAAUGAUCUUUCCGAGUAUCAGAAUGGGUUGCAAAGGCUCCACGAUGAGAAGAAUGAAAGACUCCAGAAAGUGGAGAAAUAUAUAUACAAAAUGCACAGGUUGUCUACAACAUUGGGAACAGAUUCCUCUGCGAUUAUCACUCAAGUUCACCCAAUCUUGAAUGAUUUGUGUGGAAUAACAAAAAAUAUAAGUGACUCUAGCCAGGAUAAACUCCAUGUCGCGGUGGAGUCCCUUUAUGAAGAAAAGCAAAAUCAACUGAACAAACUUCACCAUUUAGGCAAAGCACUGAUAAAUCUGUGGAAUAUUACGGACACCUACAGCAAAUGGAAAUCUGUUUCCCAUGUAAUAAAGUUUUUCUCAGUUUCCUCCGCAGAAGUAUCAGACCCAGGAAGUCUUGCUCUAGAAAUAGUCCAGCAGACUGAAUCCGAAGUAAAGAGGCUGGAUCAACUAAAAGCAAGCAAGAUGAAGGAGCUAUUCCAAAAGAAGAAACAGGAACUGGAGUUAAUAGAAAAAAAAUCACACAUGGAGGUUCCUUUACUGACAGAAAUGAACAAUAUAAUCAGACUCAUAGAUUCAGGUGAGGUUGACCAUUGCAAUCUAAUCAUGAGCAUGGAGGAACAAAUAUCAAGAGCAAAUGAAGAGGCUUCGAGCAUGAAGGCAAUAAUGGAGAAAGUGGAAAAGUGGAUGUUAGCACAAGAUGAGGAGCAAUGGCUAGAAGAAUAUGGCAGGGAUAAUAACCAAUACUCAGUCAUUAGAGGAGUACACAAAAAUUUGAGACGAGCUGAACGUGCUUACAUACAAUGGUUUCUAUUUCCAGCUUUGGUAGAUUUGCUAAUAAAAUUGACUAGCAGUUGGGAAGAAGAAAUUAAUAAGGUUUUCUUUUAUGAUCAGGUACCUCUUAAGGAAAUAUUGGAAGAAUAUAAUGUACUGAGGCGAGAAAAGGAGUAAGAUAAGAAAAGACUGCAGCAGCAUAAGAGGAUUCAGAACCAAGGAGUUGUUCAGAGAGAUAAUAUCUACACGAUAAAACCAGGCUCGAGCCGUAGACAAUUAGACAUGAUAGGAACACACUUUAUUAGAGAGGGAGUUAGUGAGUAUAAAUAA